CCACCCUACUAUAUAGACUGACUGUUGUUGUUGAAUUGCUGCAAAAGUCUUUACACCGCCAAAGCUGUGAACUGCCUGCGAUCAGGAAGGAAACGAAAUUCGCAUGUCGAACUGGCUGUAACUGUAUUCUGAUUUAUUAAAUCAGGAAUCCUCUUCGGAACAACAGAUUUGCUAAACAUUUGAGAAACUGCAAGCAUGGCGUUGACGAAUUCGAAUUUUGGAAACUUGUGUCUGUUUGCUACAGCAUGGUUAAUUUUAUCAGUAGCGGUUUACAAUUUUGUAUUGCUCAAUCCCUUGGCACCUGCAAUGCGGACAAUGUAUGAGACUACACAUAUGAACCGCUACAAUGAGACAAUGUCAGAAGAAAAAUGGACAGUCUUAUACGCAGUGUCUGUCUCAUGUGUAUACUUUGGCUCUGUCGUCGGCGGGGUGGGUACGAAUUUCAUGCUCACUUACGUCAGCAGAAAAAGGCUCAUGCAGCUCUCUCAUGUGAUAAACAUCACGGGCGUGAUCGUGAUAGCUUUAGUGGCGGGAACGACUUGGUCAUAUGAAGCGUUGAUAAUUGGACGUAUUAUAGGCGGUGUUUCCCUUGGAAUAGCUUACAAUUUACCAAGUCUAAUGAUGUCCGAAAUGAGCGCAAAAUGCAAACAAAAUUUCUGGCAAGGUGUGGUAGGGGCGGCCGUUGCAUUUGGGAUUCUUAUCGGUUCGAUUUUCAGUCACCCAAAGGUUUUAGGUUCUUUGAGUCUUUGGACAGUGUUGGUCAGUUUAGCUGUUAUUCCUUCACUUAUAUAUUUGAUAUCCAGUCACUGGAUUCCCAACACGCCAUUCUAUGUAUUGAGAACUUACGGGAAAGACGAGGCUUUGGAAGUGCUUAAAAAACUUCGAAAAGGAACAUUGGCUGAUAUUAAAGAAGAGCUUUCAAGUAUGACCGAAGAAACUAGCGGAAAGAGAAAAGUGCUUAUAAAAGAAAUGUGUACAACCAAAAAAUACAGAAACAUGCUCAUUGGAGUGAUAUUUCUUUAUCUAAAUUUGAAUCUCGUUGGUAUUGAUAACAUACUUCUGUAUUCGGACAAAAUUUUUAUUGAAGCUGGUAUUAGCCCUGAUAAAGCGACCUUUGCCACAAUUGGUGUUUUCGCCAUGCAAAUGCUUGCAUCUCUAGUAGGGUCAAAACUCGUGGACCGUUUUGGAGGAUUCAAAGUCCACGUGGCGAGCAACAUUCUGAUUAUUUUCGCUCACGUGACAUACACCGUCAGUCAAGUAGCCACACCAGCGGCACCAAACGCCAUGCCAUACGUUGCAAUAUUCGCUGUUGGUGUUUUUCUUAUAGCGUGGUCUGGUGGCACUAAUCUUGCAACUUUUGCUAUACUGGGAGAAAUCACCAGUGAACCGACACGUUCUACUGCGUAUGGGUAUUCUGCAGGAAUACUUUGGAGCGUAGCAUGGGUGGCUAGCUUUAUACCACCGUAUUUAAAGAUACAUCUCGGAUCUUAUGCGCUUACAAUUUGGCUCGGCUUUGCUACCGUGUUUCUAAUAUACGUCAUCAUAUUCAUUCCAAAGCUGAAGCGACAACGACAGCAAGAAGUCAUAUUAUACAGCAAGGAAUCUCAAAAUAACGAGGUUAAAAGCCUUACUGUUGAAAGUUAGAUCCUCACAUUGUAAAAAAAACUGCCCAACCUCGAAUAUAUAUACUAAAUAAUCAGAGCAUGUUUAAUCUAUUAAUCUCCGUGCUUUUUUAGUAUAGUAGGUGGGGAAAGAUGGGAAACCUUUAGCACAUAAUAUCUAAGUAUCCUGAUUGUGUUUAAAACAACUAACGGUGGUCUAUGGGAGUCGUGAGGAUAUAGUUUUAUAAUUCUUUGAAUGUUCUUCGUUUACUUCUAAUUGGGACGAGAAAAUAGAGCUAAAAAGUGUCUCAUCUUCCCCCACCCUACUGUAUAAUUAAGAGACGUUUUUUUUUUCAGUACAUGGUGUACCCAGGAUUCAUUGUUACAUAUUUUCAUUACGCGUAUGUGUGCUUUUAUACUGUUUUAAGUCACAGAAAAUAUAUACAUUCUAUUUGAAUAACAAAGUUAAAUCAA